AAAUUUGGAGAACAACCGUGAUUGUGAGUCACCGGCCCCUCCACCGCCACCAAUGCUAACGACAAACCGACCAUUUGUGUGCUCAGUGCAACAAGACGCCACUGCGCCCACCCAGUCCUUGUUCCCAUCGACUGCGGAAGCUAAUGAGAACAUAGCUAAACUUUCAAGCGGACAUGUACAAAUGUCAUUCCCCAGUAUAGAAAACAAAAACACCAUAACUGUUGAUGAGAUUCUCCUUAAACCCGGUCGUCUGACACGCCCCAAAAAGGUUUGUGUGAUAUUGCGGGGACCUCCCGGCAGUGGAAAAUCAUAUGUUGCAAAGUUGAUCAAAGAAAAAGAGUUGGAAAUGGGCGGAACUAAUCCUCGCAUUUUGAGUAUCGAUGAUUAUUUCUUAAUCGAGAACGAUUACGAAGAACGUUGUCCCAAAACCGGCAAAAAGAUACCGAAAAAAGAAGUUCUAUAUGAGUACGAUGCUGAUAUGGAGGAGACAUACAUGCAAUAUUUGAUCAAAUCAUUUAAGAAAACUAUUUCAGAUAAUUUAUACGAUUUUAUUAUAAUCGACUGCAAUAACAAUUCGUUGCGCACAUUAAAUGAGUUUUAUUGCCACUCGAAAGACUCUGGUUUCAUGCCAUAUAUAGUUGACUUGAUGUUCGACUUGGAAACCUGCAGGAAUCGCAACAUCCACGAAAGAUCUGAAAAAGAUAUUAAAGGUAUAAUUGAUAAUUGGAAACAGACACCGUUUCAUUACAUCAAAUUGGAUGUGUCUUCAUUGUUGGAAAAUCUUGUGGAAAUGGAAGAUGCCGAUGCUAUGGUGAUGGAUAAUAACAGCAAUAGUGGUGCGCCCGAUGAUAGUAAUUUGACACAGUCGCAAGCUGACAACGAAACUGAAGAUAGUAACGAGGCGGCUGAUGAUACAGCUAGUUUUGGAUUCUUAAAGAGCAAGUGGGAGAGUGAUACCACAUCUGAAAACCUUGCUCGUUUGGAUGGCACAAACAAAUUAAUGCAAAAGCGUAAGGCAGCUACAAUGGAGGACUACCUACAAAUGGACGAUUGGGAACCGCCUAAAACCAGUGCGAACGGCAAAAAAAGGGUGCGUUGGGCAGAUAUCGAAGAGAAGCGAGCACAGGAGAAGAUGCGUGCUAUCGGCUUUGUAGUUGGUCAAACUGACUGGAAGCGUAUGAUGGACCCAAAUGCGGGAAAUCGUGCUUUGAAUAAAACGAAAUACAUUGAACGUGUUAAUAAGAGACGAUAGUAAGAUAGCAAAUGGGAGCAAUUAUACAUAAUAAUAGUAAAAGUAAUAAACUCAUGCAUAUUACGCAAAAUUAUUUUAAAAACAGAACCGAAAAUAAAGUUUCUAACGAAAAUAUCAAUCAUUUAGAAUCGACAUCCAAAAAAGGAUAAUGUCCUAUUAAUCCUUUUUCGACGAUCUAUGCAUUUCAUGAUUUUUAUAUAUCAGAUUUUAUGAUUUUUUCAUCGAUAAUGAUUAAUUUUAAGCAAUUCCCAAAUAACUGAUUAGACAUCAUUAUGUUUUUUUGCUUAAAAUUUUUUUUUUUGCUUAAAAUAAAACUCAUUUUUAGAUUACAGAUUUUUUAUGAAUUUUUUGCUAACUUUCAUUUUUAGAACAAAUCUGAAGUACCAAAUUUAUGUUUAUGGUUUUGUACCUUCCCUUCCGCCCCUCUGAAAAUUAGAAAAGGAUAUUUGUCCAUUGUUUGUUCUAAAGGCACAUGCAAAAAAUUUGGAAUUUAUAUGUAUUAAUAUAAAAAUGAGUUUUAUUUCGAGUGAAAUAAAUGAAAAUCGUAUAUAUUUUAAAUUUUUAUAUUUAUUUUUUCUUCCAACGAAAUUAUUACUUAUACGUUAUAAUAGAAUUGCUCCAUUCAGUCAUCAAAAGUGCAGAAAAUCGUAAGAAUAAUUAUAUAACGUUAUUUUUUAAAAUAGAACUUAUAUUGAUUAGUGUCUCUGAUAUAAAAAUGUUUUGGCAUUGUACUUUUGAGUUUUAUUUAAAACUAUAUUAUGCUAAUUUAUUAAGAAAUAUAAAUGACAAUUUCACUCAUAUAUGUAAUAGUUCUGAAUUAGAUUAUUAUAACAUUUUAAAAUAAACAUUGAAUAAAAAUAUUCUGAAAGA